AAAACAUCAAGUAUUUCUAAAAUAAGGAGUUACUAUCAAUUUUAAACAGGUAUUAUGGAAUUUGAUGUCGUGCUUUUCUAUUCGUCGUGUUUGUACCCGUUGCAAAAUUGCCUUCAACAUAAAGGAAAUCAAUCAAAGAAUAGAUGAUAUUGUGAAGGAGAAAGAGAAAUAUCAGUUGCUGUCGAUGUCAAUAAGUAACACAAUCAAUCAUCCUCAACAACGGCCAGAAACUUCAUCUUUUGUGGAUGUGUCAAAACUAUGUGGUCGGGAUAAGGAGAAGGCAGACAUACUAAACUAUUUGUGGGGAGGGAGUGGUGAAGUAAUCCCUACCAUAUCUAUAGUAGGGAUGGGGGGAUUAGGAAAGACAGCUCUUGCACAACUGAUAUAUAAUGACAAUGAAGUUAAAAAGCAUUUUGACAAGGUAAUCUGGGUUUGUGUCUCUGACCUUUUUGAUGAGAAAAAAGUUGCAAGGGCAAUCAUUCAAGGGCUUGAAAAACUUGGUGAUGGUGCUGCAUACGGUCUAGAAUCAAAUCCAUUGCAGUUCCUUUUGGAAAGGAUUUCUAACUCUAUCCAGGGAAUGAAAUAUUUUCUUGUUUUAGAUGAUGUUUGGGAUGGAAAUAAAGGUGAGAGGUGGGAAGGACUGAAAACCACUUUCAAAUUUGGUGCCCCAGGAAGCAGAAUUUUGGUUACUACACGCGAUGUUAUAGUUGCAAAAAUGAUGGGGUCCUCUUCCUCACAAAUCAUUUUUCUGGAGAAAUUGACUGACGAGCAAUGUUGGUCAGUAGUUAAACAUAUUGCAUUAGAAGGAAGGGAUGAUCAGAAUUUGGAGAAAAUUGGGAGGGAAAUUGCAGAGAAGUGUAAGGGGUUACCGCUUGCUGCAAAAACUCUAGGAAGCCUUUUAAAGUCUAAAAGAAGCAAAAGAGAGUGGCAAAGUGUCUUGAAUAGUGAAAUAUGGAAAUUAGAAUUGGCACAACAGGAUAUUUUUGCCCCUUUGUUGCUGAGUUAUUAUGAUUUGUCCCCUCCGGUAAAGCUGUGCUUCAUGUAUUGUGUUCUUUUCCCCAAAGAUCACGACAUUUUUGCUCAUGUAUUAAUUCCACAAUGGAUGGCGAUGGGUUAUUUAGGGUCGGAUGGUACUGCAGACUUGGAGUCAAAAGGGCAAGAGUACUUCCACAUCUUAGCAGACCGCUCUUUCUUUCAAGAUGUUACACUACUUAAUGGAAAGAUUUAUUGUUGUAAGAUGCACGACAUAGUACAUGAUUUCGCUCAGUAUUUGGCACAGAAUGAGUUUGUGACAAAAGAGAUCAACUCGGAUCAUUUGACUAUGGAUGGGUCAAAGAAUCGUCACUUGACAGUGAUGGUUGAUAAAAGGAUCCCUUUUCCUACAUUCACUUCUGGUGCAAAAAAAUUGCGAGCCCUUAUAACUUUCACUGGAGAGGGUGCACUGACUUAUGAGGCCUUGGGUAGCUUGUUUAAUCAUUGCAGACGCUUAAGGGUAUUGAUUUUUGGUUGGCCUGACGGAAUUGAUCAUUAUUUAUGCAAAGAAAUUCCUCAAGGAAUAGGGAAAUUGAUACACUUGAGAGUCCUUCACUUGGGUUCUAAUGAAAAAUUAGAAAGGCUGCCUGAAGCACUCUGCAACCUACUUAAUUUGGAGUUUUUGGAUUUGUGGUGCUGCGCAAAUCUCAAGCAGUUGCCAGAUUCAAUAGAAAAAUUAAUCAACUUGAGGUCUCUUUGUACUGCUGGUUGCUCUGCUCUCACUCAAUACCCAAAAGGCGUUCAGAAAUUGACUUCUCUUAGAAAUCUAACUGGGCUCAUUGCCAGAGCUGAUCGUAAUGAUGCUAAAGAAUUUUGCCUCGCCGAUCUUGGAAACUUGAAACACCUCAAUGUACUGCAUUUGAAAGUGGUGGGGAAUUCAAUCGAUAUGGAACAGGCUAGAAAAGCUCAACUUCAGGACAUCCAAAGGUUGUCCAUAUUUUUGGCAGGCAGUAUUCAGAAAGCAGACAUAAUUGAAGCCUUAGACCCACAUCAAAACAUACCACAUUCAAGGUUCUCAGACACCUACUGGUUCUUCCCAUCGCCCCCAGCAUCCUCAUGAAUACAAAAGAUAUUUUUCUUCAAACAUUGCUGAUUUCUAAUUAAGCUUCCCCAUACCAUCCAAAUAUGGACUUUGCUUCUCAAUUGAAUGCUUCUCUAUGUGGGAUGCAGCUCACUUUCCCAAGGAAUUGGACGUGCUUGUGGCAAGGAGAGAUUUCGAAUGUUGAGUGAUUGGGCUUUCUUCUAUUGUUCGUGAAUAAGGAAGCUGUUUCUGUCUAUGAAGGUUGUGUUAAUUUCCAGUUAUUUUGUAUUAAGAAUAUUAUGUACAAGAAUUAUCAAUUAUGGGCUCGAAACUUAUCGUGCGUACCGUUUUCAUUUUCCAUCCUAGAUCUUAAAUAUACCCAUAGAAGUUCCUGCAACAUGAAAUAACACAACGAUAUGAUAAAAGUUGACGACAUACUACGGUCAUUGCAAAACAUAAACUUAGACAUCAAGGUUGUAUAAAUAAAAAUUCAGCAUUGAU